AUGGCAUCACCAAAAGUCAAAGACAGUUCAAAUGGCAUCACCAAAAGACAAGGUAAGAACUCAGCAGAGAGAUAUUUUUUCCUCUUAAAGAUUACAUGCUAUGACAUUUCUUCAAUUCGCAGGAAUCUCAAUGGUGACGAAGACGAGCCCAUGUCCACUACAGUGUUAGAGGACCCAACCGAGAUUCUCUAUACCGUGGUCGAGGAGGGUACACUCCAGAAGGGGAAGAAGCUUGUCUCUUCAGAUGGCUUCGCCUACCUGGUUAAGAGGCGUACAGCUCGUGCCGUUCAGUGGAGGUGUAAUCAGCGACGUAAAGGUAACAUCUGCUACGCAUCUGUAAGACAGGAGGGUGACGUCUUCAGUCCCGGAACAAUGGCGCACAACCAUCCAGCCGACCCAUUGAUGCGCCAGAAAGUCGAGUUGAGACGUGAUGUAAGCAUACAUACUUAA